AGGUGUUUUAGAUAUUGAUACGGUAUAGCUUCACUAUUCCGUGGUUAGUUAUAAACUAGCUAACUCACUGUUUCCCUCACCUCUAAGGUCAAUCAAUAAACAGAGCUGUUUCAAGUAAACAAGUUACAGGAAAAAACGAACAAUUGGCAAAAUGCCCAAGAGGAAGUCACCUGAGGGAGCAGAGGGGAAAGAUUCAACUAAAGUUACAAAGCAGGAGCCCACUCGUAGGUCGGAGCGCCUGUCAUCGAAACCAGCUCCUCCUAAACCUGAACCCAAACCCAAGAAAGCUGCAGUUAAGAAGCCAUCUGAUGAAAAAGCUGUAAAAGGAAAGAAGGGCGGAGCCAAAGGAAAGAAGGAGGAGAAAGAGGCGGUGCCUGCUGAGAAUGGAGAGACCAAGCAAGAGGGGGAGUCUGAUGCCGCUGAGGGUGACGAUAAGGAGUGACUCUAGCUGGUUUUCUGGGGAAUCGAAGGACAAUUUUUUGUAUUCUUUAUUGAGUAUUUUGUAAAAUGUUCAUUUUUUUUAGACUUGUCAUUGUAGAUUCACUUAGCGAACUCACACUCCACUCCUCUCAGAAGUUCAGAAAUUCCACGCCUCCCCAGUUCUCCUCUCCUCACCACCAACAUGGACAGAUCUCCUAUUCUCCUCUUCCUCCUCUUAAAUGUUUCACCAGCAGCCGCCAUAUCAAUCCAUAACACUUAGCCAGUGGGAAUCCGCACCCUGUCACCGUUAUUACCAUAACAAGCACAUGGUUUUUGAAAGUUUGAAGUUUGUGCCACUUAAACUCAUAUCCUGAGUGCCCUGUAUGAGACAAUCAGUCCGGACAUCCAGGUUGAUGAGUUAAGUGUGUACUGUACAGUCUGCAGGACUUUUCUUUUGAAAUCUUAUUAAUUCCAGUAUGUGAAUGAAUGAAAAGUUAAGAAGAAGAUCCCUAAAGAUCACAUAAUUAAAUUUUCAGAAUUUCCAAGUCUUGUUUUGUUUUUUAAUCCUCUCUGUCAGGCGGAUUAAGUCUCGUGUGCGUUUUCGACUUUUUAAAAUUGAUAAUUUGAAUAAGACACUUAAAGACGCUACAUAACCACAGCAAUAAACGAGGGGUGCUGGAAAAGAUUCUGAGAGUUGCGUUCUAAAUCUGAUACUGACGUGGUUCUGGAGAUCCUCUUGCUUGGUUUGGAAUAUUGUCUGUGAAAAUGUUUUCAAAUAAAAACGAAUAAAAGACAAAAAUAAUG